AUGGGCUCCCCCGACCUGCUCUUCAAUCUGCGGAACCUCUUCUACCUGGGCGCCUACCAGGCGGCCAUCAACAACAGCGACGUCCCGGGCCUCGAAGCCGACGCUGCCGCCGAGCGUGACGCCAUCAUCUUCCGCUUCUACAUUGCCCUCGGCUCCUACCAGCUGGUGGUCAGCGAGAUUGACUUGUCGGCCGUGACCUCGCUGCAGGCCGUGAAGCUGCUCGCGCUGUACCUCACCGGAGACAGGGUUCUUGGUACUGCAACGCGUGAGGAAAUCCAAUGUAUGAAUCGAAACUACACCGUGUUUGGAUUUCCUCAUCAAAGCUCACCCAUGGCACAAGUUCACGAUCAUCCUGCUGCUGAGGCACCUGGUCACUGUGGUGACAGUCGGAACGGCCAACCAGUUCGCCUUCAGCUUCCUCACACGGGAUCUUGCUUCUGUAUCUACGUUGUCAUGAGGCUCAUCUCUGUGAUCCAGCAGGGACAGAAGCAGUACCACCUGCUGCUGCUCCAGGUUCUGAAGCAAUGUUUGCUGAUUUGGGGCAUUUCAACCAGCUGUCAAUACAAUGCUGAAAAAAAAACCCAGCUGUCAGUACAGAUUGCUUUUACAUGCAUGGUGUAUCCAGCAUUGAUCCUUGCGUACAUGGGACAAGCUGCUUAUCUGUGUAAGCAUCAUAACAUGGAAACUGACUACUGGAUUGGAUUCUAUGUGUCUGUGCCAGGCAAGUUAUUCUCAUCAGAGAUGCAAACCAUAGCAUGA